AUGAGCUUAGUGUCCGAUUCAAGCCCUCCGCAAAAGAGGCCCUCUCAACGGCUACCCAAAAACGAAAAUUACAAGCUCCGAAAGUUGAACGCUGCUCGGACAACCCCACCAAAGACUAGGGCCAAAGCUCAAUCUGAUUCAUGUGGCCUCCCUUCCACUGACUGUGUUAGUUCUUCAUCCAAUAAUAAUGUUAAGUGUUCAAAGUUGGAAUUUACCAAUGGGAUUAAUGAAGGAGAAAGUGAAACGCCGGUUAAAGGUGCAAAAGAUGUGUCGGCUGUGCCAGCUGUGCCGUUGAGAAGUUCAGUCAGGCGUGGGAAAAAAAGAACCAAAGAGAAUGGGAAUGAGGCUCGUUCGCAAAGAGAAUUAUGGAAGCACGACUCAAAAAAACUGGCUGCACUUCUGUCCGAGGCUAAAAGCUACUUGGAUGCCUUUGACGUCAAGUUUUCCAACUCACCAUACAACUUGCGUAAACGCAAGUCGACCGCAGAAAAUAGCGUGCACGAGAAUUCAGAUGAAAAUCUGACCACCAAUUCGAAAAAUUACGAAGACGAAGUUUGCAUUUUAUCGCAUGAAGAGUGGACAAAGUUGCAAUCUUGCCUUAAUGGUAAGUCUAACGGUGUCAAAGGAGUGAAAUCCGGGCAACAAAGCAAACAUGAUACUGAUAUCGAACCAACCGUAACUAAAGACGGAGAAAAACAUCGCGUCAAUGGCUUAACAGAUUCGGAAAAACAUGCAUCUUUAGGCAGCAACAAUCGGAAGGACCUAAUCAAUCUGAGUAUCGUGAAGCGUGAGGAGCCCGAGGGAGUCAAGGUGAUGAAGGCCAUGAGGUUGUUCGAAAAGUACUAUAAAAAAUCCGCAAAAGAGGAAAAAACCGCAUAUAACCAUCUCGAAGCCGCUGACCGCUUGAAGAGAGAAGGCAAGUACGUUCUUCCCAAAAAGCCCUUCGGCCACAUUCCGGGCGUCGAAAUCGGCGACGAGUUCCGGUUUCGGUCACAACUCGCGGUUAUUGGCCUCCAUCGCCAGUUAGUUGGAGGCAUAGAUCACGUGACACUUGAUGGGAAGAAGUACGCGGUUAGUGUGGUCAACUCAGGCAAGUACGAGAAAACGUCAAAAACACCUAAUGAUGUGUUUGUGUACACGGGCCAAGGCGGGAACCCGAAGAUCAUCGACAACUCGUCCGACCAAAAACUCGAGAAGGGGAAUCUCGCAAUGAUGAAUAGCAUGUCGGCGAGGUAUCCCGUUCGGGUCACCCACAAACGGAAGAGCCGGGAGGGACCUUACGUGUACCGAGGGCUUUACAUGAUAAACAAAGCUUGGCAAGAAAACGAUAACCGGACGAGCAAUCUCGUGUUCAAGUUCGAACUGCGCCGGAUGAUGCCCGAAGCCAUCCCGUCGGAAAAAGUCGAGAGGCGCGUCUGCAUAUCAGACGAUAUCUCCCUAGGAAAGGAAAAAAUACCGAUACGCGUGGUCAACGAGGUGGAUGAUGAUGUGAAACCACCAACAUUCGUUUACAUCACGUGCAUGGUUUAUCCCAAAUGGUACGCGCGAGUCGAGCCGUCCGGUUGCUAUUGCUCAAACGGGUGCUCGGAUUCUCGUCAGUGCCCGUGUGUCGUGAAAAACGGGGGAGAGAUUCCUUACAAUGAGAAAGGAGCAAUUUUGCGGAGAAAAGCCCGGAUUCACGAAUGCGGGCCCUUGUGCAAAUGCCCGCCCACUUGCAUGAACCGGGUGGGUCAACAAAAGAUGAGAUAUCAGUUGGAGAUUUUCAAAACCGAGCGCCGAGGUUGGGGAGUUAGGUCUCGGGAGCUAAUCCCGUCGGGAGGUUUUGUUUGUGAGUAUUUGGGUGAGCUUUUGCGGGAUAAAGAUGCGGAUUUGAGAGUCGGGCAUGAUGAGUAUCUAUUCGACAUAUAUAAUAGCCGUGGUGGGGUUGUUGAUGGGUAUGCUAUAGAUGGGGCGGUUUAUGGGAAUGUGGGGAGGUUCAUUAACCAUAGCUGCUCGCCUAACGUGUAUGCGCAGGACGUUUGUUAUGACCAUAUAGAUAAGAGAAUUCCGCACAUUAUGUUUUUCGCUACUAGGGAUAUCCCGCCAUUGGAGGAGCUUGCUUAUGACUAUAACUAUAAGCCGGGCACUGUUCGGGAUGCGAAUGGGAAUAUUAAGACCAAGGAUUGCUUAUGUGGUUCUCGCCACUGCAGAGGGAGGUUGUACUAG